CAAACUGUUUAGAUACACGCGUGGAAAACAAAAUCAGUGUCGUGUCAAAUUGGGAAAAUCCAUAACACAGAGAAACACACGAUCGAAAGAACAGAAGAAUGAAGAUGUUACGGUGGAGCAUGUUCAUAACUCUCACGUUAUUGACUGUUUUACCCUUUUUGUUUGAGAAUGGAACCGAAGCUUCAAAUUCAGCUUCCGCUUUUGUUCAAAACGCAAUCUACUCCAACAGAAUCACCAUCUUCUCCAAAUCCUAUUGCCCGUAUUGUUUACGUGCUAAACGUGUUUUUGUUGAACUUAAUGAGCAACCUUUUGUGAUUGAGCUUGAUUUGCGAGAUGAUGGGUAUCAAAUUCAGGGUGUUCUUCUGGAUUUGAUUGGUAGAAGGACAGUCCCACAAGUGUUUGUAUAUGGGAAGCAUAUUGGUGGAUCAGAUGAUCUCAGUGCUGCAGUCCAGAGUGGUGAAUUGCAGAAACUUCUCAAAUCAAGUUGAUUGUAUACUUGAGACUGAGGAGCACUAGCAUCUCUAAUUUGUAUGAAUGCGGGGAACCCGCAUUUUCAUCGAUAUCGAAGAUUUCAAGCUUCUAGCGGCAAAAUACUUUUUCAUGUUUUUUGGGUAUUUUAUACUAGGUGAUAAACAUGUAUUUUUAGCUUGAUCUGGUUCUGCAUAGAUUCUGUUUUAGAGUUCAUGUUUUCAUUUUGUUCUAUAGGAAAGUACGAUCAUGAGCGGUGGAGCUCUAAUUGUUGGAAUUGAUUUCGUUGUCAUUGUUAAUUAGUAUAAAAUUGUGGUUUUCAAUAAUUGGCUCUUGAUCUUGCAAAUA